GCAAGAGUCAACCUUUGUCACAUGUUUUAAUGUUUUGUUCCAACUGGCUGUAACAUGAAACAAGAAAUCAAGAACAGAGCAGAGUUCACAAUGACGAAUGAAGAACCUCUCCCGAAGAAGGUUCGUCUUAGUGAAGCAGACUUUAAGGUUUUGCCUAGAGAUGAGCUAAUCCUAAGGUGGAAGCAGUAUGAAGCAUACGUGCAAGCUCUGGAGGGCAAGUACACAGACCUGAAUUCUAAUGAUGUAACGGGAUUGAGAGAGUCUGAAGAGAAGUUGAAACAGCAACAGCAAGAGUCUGCCCGAAGAGAAAAUAUUCUGGUGAUGAGGCUGGCAACUAAAGAACAGGAGAUGCAAGAGUGUACUAAUCAGAUUCAGUACCUCAAGCAAGUCCAGCAGCCUAGUGUUGCCCAACUGAGAUCAACAAUGGUGGACCCAGCCAUCAACUUGUUUUUCCUAAAAAUGAAAGGUGAACUGGAACAGACUAAAGACAAACUGGAACAAGCCCAAAAUGAACUGAGUGCCUGGAAAUUUACGCCUGAUAGAGGCCUGACGGCGUCGGACUAUUCUGAAGAAAUGGCCAUCUCCGAAAAAAAAUCCUUUCUAGAACGUGUAGACAUUUGCAAAAUUGUUCUAUUUGAAGAAAAUAGAGGGAAAAACAGAAGUCUUAAGUCUGUGGCACACUGUGUCUACAGACAGUUUGGAGGAGAGAGAACCUAGAGAUUAUAAAUCAUGAAUUGAACAUGUAAAAUUCCCGUAAAAUGUAGAAGUGGAAUAUGCUUCGCUCUUAACCUUGAGCCUAGUGACUUAGAGACACUGUAAGUCAGUUUUGCCAAUAAGACUGUGGACUUCCUGCUUGUUCACUGAACUGCUGGGUCAAAACUCAAUGAGAUGAAUUUUGCAUUAAAGAGUUUAUUUGCUAACCAGUUCUGAAUAGCCACGAGUGCUAUUUCAUAUCACGUCAGUGCUAGUGUACACAUUUGACUGUUUAGCAUUUGGGCUCUGUAACACUUGGCGGAGCCUUAAGUCAAUGUUGCUAAAUCAUGAACUGUUCUCUGGAUGGUUGGAAAUACUGUGGGCGCCUCAAAAUUAGGACUGUACAAAAAUGUACGUUCUAUCUAAUUGCAGGUGUAAAAUUGUUGCAAGCGACAUAUAUUUGAUCACAACUAGCAUGUAUAAGUGAAACUAGUUGUGUUAAGUAUUUCACUGCAUGUUUUCAUGCAGCAAUGAGAAUUUUUCAGUCUUCUGAGAACUGAUCUCAAAUGCUCACUACAGAAGGCACACACAAUGGCAACUGUCUUCAGUGUUGAUGGGAUAUUUUUAUUCCUUUGUACACCUGUUUUUUUUUUUUUGUAUUGCACUUCUAUAUAAAAUGUGCCUUGAAAUAGUUGUAAUAUAGUUCAAGGAACACUACUGCUUAUGCUGUUGUAUUGUGAAACUCCUGGGAUGAACGAGAAUUGAACAGAUUGUUAUUUCUGAAUUGUCUCGUUCUCUGAAAAAAGGGAAGACAAUAUUCUAACAAACCAAAAACCUUAAAUGCAUGCAUUUUCCUGGGUUGAAUCAGUGAAAGGAGCCAUUGCUAUUCUGUUGAUGCCUCUGUUCUGUUGUCCCAAGUUGCUUGCAAGAAUAGCAGUCUGGGACAGCUGGGAGUGCAUGUCUGAGGUGUGUAAAGUGAAAUGCAGACUUGAUAAAGCAUUUGUGUAUUUUUUAUUUUUAUUUUACUUUUUUAGCAAAUUGAGUUCUAUCUAGAAAACUACAGUUUUGAUUUCCAAAGCAGUUGUCAAUAUUUCAUGACUGUAGAAGAUUCAGUUUUAAAUUUUAAAAAAGAGGUCCAGCUUUCAUGGAAGGUGAUGAACUCAACCUGUUUCAUUGGUAAAAUGAUGAUCUUUAUUAAGAUAGCAUUACAUAUUUUUCAACUCAGAAGUAUCUUAACUGUUUGUGCUUUAGAUGAUUAAUAUGGAAAGGAAGAGUAGUGUUCUUAUGCAGCCUUAUUUUUUGCAUGAGUAAUGGCUUACAGCAAAAGAAAAACCUUCAGAGAAACUUUAUUUUUAAAAAAGGGAUAACAUCUGGAAUGAUUUUGCUGUAGCAGUAUCUAAGGUUUUAAUGAUCUAGCAUCAAAACAGAGGUAAGACUUGCAUUAAUAAAUUGUUAACGUGUUAUCAAGCUGUUUGUAAAAUUUACUAUGAUGUGCGAACAGAGGCAGCUGUUGGGGUUGUUGAUCUGACAUGCCAUGCAGAUUGCUUGUUUAACUUGGAAUUCAAAAAAUGACUUAAUACGUUUA